AUGACAAACACAACUCUAUAUCCAUUUUCUGUUGUAUCACAUAAAACAAUGAUGAUUGUGAAUAUUAAUCAAAAAUUUCCAUCAUUAUUUUCACAUUUGCCUGAUAUUGUUAAUGAUUGUGAACAACAAAUUAUGAAAACUACUACUGAUAAUCAAAUGAAAUUAACUUGUAAAGAAAUUGCACAUUCACUACGUCUUGUUGCUGAUCAAGUUGAUAAAAAAUAUUGUCAAGAUACAGAAUUCAAUCGUAAUCUUAAUUAUUUAUCAAUACGUUUUAUAUUUCAAUCAAUAUUUUGUACAUUAUGGACACGAACAUUGCUACCACAUAUUCUUGUCUUUUUCAAAGCCAAACCAUUCUUAUAUUAA